UCGCUGUCGACUGUAAACCUAUCGUUACGUGUUGUGCAUCUUGGUUUCAUGAUGUAUCACCAGCCUGUGCUAAAAAACCAGGCGCACUCUCUUCGGAGAGAGCAGAGAAAUUUAUCUCCUGAUAUUUACUUCACAGACUGCAACCUGAGAGGACGACUGCAUGGAGGCUCCUGCCCACUGGAGUCCCUCACCUCCUCCUUGUCUUCAAAACGGAUCACAUUCACAGAGGCCUUACAGCAGACAUUUGCUCCUUAUACAGUUGGUGAUACCUUUGGACCCACGUGGUGGACUUGCUGGUUUAAAGUGACCCUGACAAUCCCAGAGUCCUGGAGAGGAAAAGAGGUUCAUCUUCUGUGGGAAAGCGAUGGCGAAGCAAUGGUUUGGAGAGAUGAACAGCCAGUUCAGGGCCUGACCAAAGAGGGCGAGAAGACGAGUUACAUCCUGUCAGACUGUCUGAGAGACGAGGAGCCACACAGUGUCACCCUUUAUGUGGAGAUGGCCUGUAAUGGGCUUUUUGGAGCUGGUCAAGGUCCAUGAUUGCAUCCCCAGAUCAACAGGAAGUUUUCUGUACAGAAGGCUGAGCUGGUGGUAUUUAACCGCGAUGUACGGGAGCUGCUGACUGAUUUUGAGAUGCUGAUUGACAUCGUAAAGGAACUCGGAGAGGGAGAGCAACGAGGCUACCAGGCACUCUUCACUGUAAAUGAGAUGGUGAACGUCUGCGACCCCUCUGACCCCAGCUCUUUCUCCAAAGCUCACAGUCUGGCCCACACCUUCUUAAGCCAGCGGAACGGGGACAGCCAGCACACUGCUCAUGUGAUGGGCCACUGUCACAUAGACUCAGCUUGGCUGUGGCCCUACGAAGAGACCAUUCGCAAAUGUGGCCGAAGCUGGGUGACAGUGAUCCGUUUGAUGGAGAAGAACUCGGACUUUGUUUUUACGUGCUCUCAGGCCAGGCAGUUCCAGUGGGUAAAGAGCUGGUACCCGGGACUCUUCUCCCAGAUUCAGCAUUACGUUAAGAAAGGCCAAUUCAUUCCGGUUGGAGGAACAUGGGUGGAAAUGGAUGGCAAUCUGCCCUCAGGUGAGUCCAUGGUUCGGCAGUUCCUAGAAGGCCAACGCUUCUUUAACCACGAGUUUGGGAUCCAUUGCAAAGAGUUCUGGCUUCCCGACACGUUUGGCUACUCUGCCCAGCUUCCUCAGAUAAUGCAGGGCUCCGCAUUUCCAAUUUCCUUGACACAGAAGCUCAGCUGGAACCUGUUCAACACCUUUCUCAACAACACAUUUUUCUGGGAAGGUCUGGAUGGCUCCAGGGUUUUAACCCACUUCCCACCAGGAAACUCCUAUGAAAUGAAGGGCAAGGUCGAAGAACUGAUAAAAACAGUAAAGAAUAACAAAGACAAAGGAAGAGCGAACCACAGUGCAGUGUUGUGGUUUGGCGAUGGAGGCGGCGGCCCCACACAGCUGAUGCUUGACAGAUUGAGGCGGGUCCAGGACACAGAUGGACUUCCCAAGGUCCAGACUUCUACUCCAGACAAGCUUUUCUCUCAGCUUCAGGCCGACUCCGCUCUGCUUUGCACUUGGACUGGAGAGCUCUUCCUGGAGCUGCACAACGGCAGCUACACCACACAGGCUCAGAUUAAACGAGGGAACCGGCAGUGUGAGGCGUUGCUUCAUGACAUUGAGAUAGCCAGCAGCUUGGCUCUGUGUCGGAACAGGACUUUUCAGUAUCCUGUGGAAAAACUGCAGGAGCUCUGGAGGCUGCUUCUACUAAAUCAAUUCCACGACGUGAUUCGCAGCUGUAUAGAGAUGGUUGUGGAGGAUGCACUCAGAUAUUAUGAAGAAUGCCGUGCUGUGUAUCAGAUAUCCGCCAGGAAUGGCGCUGCACUGCUACAUGAUGCCUUAGGAGCCCUGGGCUCAAAAGGCAACUCCACUGGUGUGUUCAACUCUCUGCCAUAGCGCCAUGAAGUCAUCCAGAGUCCAGCUGGCGCUGAUAGACUUGUUCUGGUGAGAGUUCCCAGCCUCGGUUUGUCCCCCGUCGAAGACACACAGCCUGUGGCUGCAGUCUCUGUCACUUCUCAAGCCGACGGCACCAUCCUCAUGGAGAACGGGAUUUUACAGACUGUUGUAAACAAAGAUGGCACUUUGGCGUCGCUGUAUUUGAUCAAUGCUAACAGAGAAGCCAUUUCUGACAGCUGUCAUGGGAACCAGUUUAUCAUGUUUGAUGAUGUCCCUCUGUACUGGGAUGCUUGGGAUGUAAUGGACUACCACCUGCAGACAAGGUCCGUUCUGGAGGUGGUGCAGCCGCCUCGUGUGGUGUCCUCAGGUGGGCUCAGAGGCAGUGUCAGCUUCACACUCAGGAUUAGUGAUAAGAGCACUAUCACACAGGAGAUUGUCAUGGACGCCAUGUGUCCUUACAUCAAAUUCAACACGGAGGUGAAGUGGGCAGAGUCACACAAGUUUCUGAAGGUGGAAUUCCCAGUGCGAGUCCACAGCCCCAAUGCUACAUACGAGAUCCAGUUUGGCCAUCUGCAGAGACCCACACACAGGAACACUUCAUGGGACUGGGCCAGAUUUGAGGUUUGGGGUCACAAAUGGGCCGAUUUGUCGGAGCACAGCUUCGGGGUCGCGCUGCUGAAUGAUUGCAAAUAUGGCUAUUCAGUCCACAAGAACACGAUGACUUUGUCCCUACUGAGAGCACCUAAGGCACCAGAUGUCAAUGCCGACAUGGGGACUCAUCAUUUCACCUAUGCAGUCAUGCCACACGCGGGAUCUUUCCAAGAUGCUUCUGUCAUCCAGUGUGCGUACAACCUCAACUUCCCUUUGAGGUCAAUCCAGUGCUCUGCCGACACUGAGCCCUGGAGUGCCUUUUCCGUCAACAGUGCAGCGGUCAUCCUUGAGACCAUUAAACAGGCUGAGGACAGGAAAGGAUCACUCGUAGUCCGACUGUAUGAGUCACAUGGGAGCAGCGUGACUGCAACUCUCUGUGCCACCCUUCCAGUCCGGGAAGCCUGGCAUUGUGAUUUCCUGGAGAGACAAGACCUCACUCGGCCAGCACACAUUACGUCAGAGGGAAUCACUCUGAACUUCAGCCCCUUCCAAAUUGUGUCACUUCUCCUCAUCUUGUAAAAGACACAGCUGGUAACCAAAUCUCAGGGUAGUCACAAGUUCUAAAUCCUAAAAGUAGAAACUAGUUAAAUGCUAGAAGAUGUAUCACCUGGUGUUGCAGCUUAUUCGAAGACUUCAAAUGGAGGGCAUCAGUUUGAGCUACUCUUGGAUGACAAUGUGACACAUAAAGUAAUUACUUUGCAUCAAAUCAAUACAAAGUUUCAGAACUUGUAUUAAAAACACGUUUUAUUAAAAACAAUGUUGCAGUAUAAAAACAUACAUCCCA